AUGUGUGUUUGUUUCUGGACCUUGGAUCAUCCGGAGUAUGCCUUGAUCCUAUGUAGCAAUCGCGACGAGUACCUCCACCGGCCAACCGCGCCUGCCCACUGGCACUCUUUCGGCCCUAUCAAUGCCGACAAUACCGGAGAAGGCAGCGUUCUAUCCGGCAGGGAUUUGUUGGCUGGUGGAACCUGGGCAGGAAUUAGUCGGGGAGGCAGGGUCGCCCUUCUGACAAACAUCACGGAACCCAUUCGGAAGUAUGCGUCCUCCCGCGGCGACCUCGCCUCCCUGUUCCUGCUUCCACCAAUCCCAAAACCGACCCUCAAGGACGAGAUCGACGCAUUCCUUGACGCCCAUCGCGACGGCGUGUACGCUGGGUUCAACCUACUCGUCCUAUCGCCUUCUCCGUCAACUGAUCUCGGCGCUAACGGAGGACUGUCGCUCGAAGGAGCGAUCCUCACCAAUCACGGUGGCGGCGGCACGAUCACGGCCCGUAUGCUCUCAGAAGACGAGCGCCAUGUAGGCGGUAUGUCCAAUGGCAUCGAGGGCCAUGGUGCGGAGGAGUGGCCCAAGGUCCAGCACGGCCGACAAGCCAUGCGCGACCUCCUCCACGGCUUGCCACAAGACGCGAUGGAGGCCCAGAUCGCAGACCAGCUGUUCGAGCUUCUGACCUGGACGAGCGAGAAGGCACCCGUGGAUCGCUCCGAGCUGCGCAACACCAUCCAUGUGAAGCCCCUCCGUGUCCCGCUGCACACGAUGCCCGAGGGAGCAGGUGGGGCGACGGGCACGCCGCCCUCGCAUUUGUAUUACGGCACUCGCCUGUCGACGGUAAUCCUGAUCCGAAGGGAUGGACACGUAACUUUUAUUGAACGAGACGUCUGGACCCUCGAUGACUCGAGGGGCGGUGAGGGUGCCGUGCCCAAGCGAGAUUCGGGAGGCGAUCGCGUCUUCCACUUCCAGAUCCCGCGGGAUCCAUGCGCAGAGCAUUCGUCGAGCUGA